AUGAAUACGUUGACGGUUCGGCGGUUAGCUAAUUUUCGGAAAUACAGCGUUAAAUUACCAGGUACCCUCUCAAAAUUAUAUAGCGGUUUAAAACCAGAUGAACUGCUGUCUGAUGGGACUCCUGAUUAUGUGCGUUUGAUCCUGCGCUCUUCUGUUUAUGAUGUUAUAGAUGAAUCUCCACUUACUCGUGCGAAUUUACUUUCAUCGCGCUUGAAUAUUGAUAUACAGAUGAAAAGAGAAGAUAUGUUACCAGUGUUUUCUUUUAAGCUACGUGGGGCAUAUAAUAUGAUUUCUAAGUUAAGUGAAGAGCAGAAGAAAGCGGGUGUUAUCGCUUGUUCCGCUGGAAAUCACGCUCAGGGCGUUGCCUACUCUUCAAACUUUUUAUCAAUUCCUGCUACUAUUGUGAUGCCUGUGUCCACUCCUGCAAUUAAGUAUCAAAAUGUAGCAAGACUUGGUGCAGAGGUGGUGCUGUAUGGCGGAAACUUUGAUGACGCAAAAGCUGAAUGUGAUCGCAUAACAAAAGAGCGAGGUUUGACUAAUAUCCCGCCUUUCGAUCAUCCGUAUGUCAUUGCUGGACAAGGUACAGUUGCAACCGAGAUCCUUAGACAGGUACAUAACACGAAAUUGGCAGCCAUUUUUUGCCCUGUGGGUGGUGGUGGGUUAAUUGCCGGCAUAGGCUCUUACGUGAAAAGAAUUGCACCUCAUGUUAAGGUCAUAGGAGUUGAGACUAAGGAUGCUUCAACGCUCCAUGACUCCCUAAAGUACAAUAAACGUAUUACGCUUGAUUCUACUGGGACAUUUGCUGACGGUACUUCCGUUCGUGUCCUUGGUGAGGAAACCUAUCGUGUUGCAAAAGAGGUUGUAGAUGAUGUCAUACUGGUCGACACUGAUGAGCUUUGUGCUGCAAUUGAGGACAUAUUCAUGGAUGCUAGGGUUAUAGUAGAACCUUCAGGAGCUCUAUCUGUAGCAGGAAUGAAGAAGUACUUUGCGGAUCCAGAGAAACAAAGAGAAGCGUCUGGUAAAACCUUCAUACCAAUUUUAUCGGGUGCAAACAUGAACUUCGACCGCCUGCGUUUUGUGAGUGAAAGAGCUGUUCUUGGUCAGGGCAAGGAAGUGUUUAUGAUGUUUACAAUUCCUGAUACGCCGGGAUCAUUCAGGAAACUACAUAGUGUGAUCCACCCAAGACAUGUUACUGAAUUCUCAUACCGCUACAAUCAGAACACUCAGAGCUCUGAUGCUCAUAUAUAUGCUUCAUUUACUGUCUCCGACAGGGAACCAGAAAUCGCAGACGUCAUAGAGCGGUUAGAAAAUCUGGGCUUCGGUGCUGUUGACAUUUCCGAUAAUGAACUCGCUAAGUCUCACUGUAGGUACCUCGUCGGCGGCUCUACUAACGACGCGAAUGAACGCCUCAUAGCCUUUGAGUUCCCUGAACGCAAGGAUGCUCUCAGCAACUUCCUAGCAGGAAUUGACUGUUCUUGGAAUGUAACUCUCUUUCAUUACAGAAAUCACGGUGCAGACGUUGGCAAAGUCCUUGUCGGGAUUUCCGUCCCACCGGAAGACAACGCAAACUUUGAGGCUUUCCUAAUUAAACUGGGCUACCAGUACCAAGAGCAUACUGAUAAUAUUGCCUAUCAGCGUUUCCUGAGACAUUGA